AUGACAUUCAACCGUUCAGUAGCAUCUUUUCAGCACCUAGUGCUGCCUCUCUUUCUGUUUUUUUGUUUUGGAGGAGUAUUUUACACUUACUACAAGCCCACUAUGAGGUCGUUAUCAUGUCCAAAUGCUCCAGUCAAAACACAAGAAGUCUGCUCAGAAGAGUGCCUCAGUGCAUUAAUGGAAAACUUUACCCAUCUUAUAAACACCACGGGUACCCGCAACUACACUUUGGUAAAGCCGCAAUUACCACAAUUACCAGUCACUAAACCACCUGCCGGGGAAGAAAUCCAGGAGAAUCAUGACAAUGACAUCAUCAUGUUAAUCUGGACCUGGCCAUUUGGAUUUAAAUUUGAUGUAAACGAUUGUUUCCCAAAGCUUGGUAUUACAGGAUGUCAGAUUACAGAUGACAGAAGCCAAUAUGACAAAGCCGAUGGUGUUCUGUUUCAUCACAGAGAUAUCGGUGAUGAUAUUGCAAACCUGCUAAGCAAGCCGAGACCUCCAUAUCAGAAGUGGGUGUGGAUGAACAUGGAGUCUCCUGAUAAUUCAGGCAGACAAAACUGGCUAGAUGAUGCAUUUAAUUUGACAUCAAAUUAUCGGAGAGAUUCAGAUGUCUGGGUGCCAUAUGGGAGACUGAGAAAAACAACGGGGAAAGAUAGAACCUUUGAAAUACCACCAAAAGAUAAAAUUGUCUGCUGGAUCGUCAGUAAUUGGAACCCCAACUUUAGGAGAGUGAAAUAUUUUAAUGAACUCAGCCAGCACAUUAAAGUAGAGGCUUACGGCCGUGCCUUCAACAGGUACGUCAGCGAUGAUGAUUACAACAAGAUUUUACCAAGCUGUAAAUUCUACUUAGCGUUCGAGAACUCCAUCUACCAGGACUACUUCUCUGAUAAGCUGUUUGAUCCUAUGAAAGUCGGCACCAUUCCUGUGGUUAUUGGGCCACCCAGGGAGAACUAUGAGGAGUUCAUUCCUGCAGAUUCAUUUAUUCAUGUGGACGAUUUCGAAUCUCCUCAAAAACUGGCAGAACAUCUCACGUUUCUGGACCAGAACCAGGAGAAGUAUGAGCAGUACUUCAACUGGAGAAAACUUUUCAUUGUUGAAGGUUCAUUUUUUGGUCUUGAACAUGCUUGCCGAAGUUGUAAUUAUAUAAGAAACUACCAGGGCUACAGAGUAUUUAAAAAUAUCAAUAAAUGGUACUGGGGUUAGCUAGCCACUG